CAUAUUCACCUUCGUAGACGUCGUGCGCCCAGGCGCGGUAGCAGAGCGCGACAGACGGAACAGGGUGAGGGUGACAGUCUACUACAGCCUGCUACGUAUGAUACAGGCCGCUGCGCUAGUCCAGGGCGCGCGCAGGCGAACAGGUUGCGCCUCCGCCGGUGCUGAACCCUCCGGAUGUCGGUGGAAAUAUGCAAGCGUCGGCCACCCCCGGUGGGUUGCCUGCACCUAUGACUAGUCAAUGCUACUGUCGCCAGGCAAACGUGAGUCCUAGUCGGCUCAGCAGCACGCACCGUCCCCAAUCCCACACCAUGGCCCAAACUAUAAGCCAACCGUUAGGUAACGCGCUCGUCACGGCGGAAUUCCGCGCCAGGAGGACUCAUUACUAUUAGGAGCCAGGAAGGCGGGCCUCCGCAGACUCGAGG